AUGCAGAUACUAAAUUGGAGGCGAUAUGUCUUGCAGGAGUGCGGAGCUGAUUGUGCUAAAUUUCAGAAAAGUGAGUUGGAGCACAAAUUUAACAAGAAAGCCUUGGAGAGGCCGUACACCUCCAAACACUCAUGGGGAAAGACCUAUGGAGAGCACAAGCGCCACCUGGAGUUCAGUCAUGACCAAUACAGGGAGUUGAAGAAAUACGCAGAGGAGAUUGGCAUCUUCUUCACUGCCUCUGGCAUGGAUGAGAUGGCUGUGGAGUUUCUACAUGAACUGGAUGUUCCAUUUUUUAAAGUAGGAUCGGGUGAUACUAAUAAUUUCCUGUAUUUAGAAAAGACAGCAAAAAAAGGUCGCCCAAUGGUAAUUUCUAGUGGGAUGCAGUCAAUGAAAACAAUGCGCCAGGUUUAUCAGACUGUGAAACCCAUCAAUCCAAACUUCUGUAUUCUCCAGUGCACCAGUGCUUACCCUCUUCAGCCUGAAGAUGUCAAUCUCCGGGUUAUAUCGGAAUAUCAGUCAGCUUUUCCUGAUAUACCCAUUGGCUAUUCAGGACAUGAGACUGGGAUAGCCAUUUCAGUGGCAGCAGUUGCUCUGGGUGCUAAAGUACUGGAGCGCCAUGUGACUUUGGACAAAACCUGGAAAGGAAGUGAUCACCAGGCAUCCCUAGAGCCAAGUGAAUUGGCAGAACUGGUGAGAGCAGUCCGUACGGUAGAGAAGGCAUUGGGAUCUCCAAUCAAACAGCUCCUGCCUUGUGAAAUGGCUUGUAAUGAAAAGCUGGGAAAGUCUGUUGUGGCUAAAGUGACAAUCCCUGAAGGCACUGUGCUGACUCUCGACAUGCUUACCGUGAAGGUGGGAGAACCUAAAGGAUGCCUCCCAGAAGACAUCUUUGAUCUAGUAGGAAAGAAGGUUAAAGUGCACAUUGAAGAGGAUGAAACAAUCACUGAGGAUGCAAUAGAAAAUCAUGUCAAAAAAGUGAAAUGCUGAAUGGAAGCGUUUGUUUCUAUAUUAUUCUUAACGCACUGUGCAUUACAAUACUGCAACCCUACUCUUAGGAGUAAUAGCUUGGUAGAUUAGAACGAUGGGCUAUGCAUAUGAGAAUCCAAAUAAAACAGAUUUUUUUAUUACACGUCAGCAAAAAGGCAUUUGCAACAAACUUAAAAUUAUUGUUAAUGGUUAAAUUAAUUCAGUAGUUGUUUGUAGCACCAUGGUCAAAAGGAAUGUGAUCUUUCACUUCACCAAAGAUACUGUACUUCUAGAAGUGUCCUGUAUACUGCACAAGUGCAAAAGGUCUUAACUCUGAGUAUUUGUGUUGAAAGAUGAGCUUUGUGGAUUUGGUUGAAGCAACAGUGCACACAGGUUCUUUCUGGGGUUAUCUAACUCUAAGGUUUUGAUACGUGUGUAUCAGUUCUAGUAAGCCCACCCUGCUUGGUACAUCAAGAGGUAUGGGUCUUGUAACAAUUUUUUUUUAUCCCUCAGUUUAGGCUGCACUGAUUGUGUGAGGUAGUAUGAUGAAUGAAAUUCCAGCUAAUAUGGCUGGAAGAAAAUGAAAUACAUUACUGACGUGUACAACAUUGUCUUACAGAGAAUCACAUGGAUGGCUUUGACUAGUAUAGAUGACGGUGGAUUUAGAAGUAUCAGUGGGUACCUCUCCCUUAACAGUUGCUUCUCAUUUCUUAGUCUUUUUAGCCAACAGUCAGUUUGAAGGUUCUCCAGGCAUGAAACUAAGGUCUGCUCCUUUCUGCUUGUCCUUGGAGUGUUGAGCAUUAAAAACUGUAGGAAUUUGGCUAUACUGUAUGUUCUGAUGUCUUGUCUUUUUUCACUUUUAUGCUUGUCAUCUCCUUCAUCCUUACAAAGUGGAGGCCAGAUAGACUCGUGCAUGGACGAGUAGAAAGUAAUAAAUAGGGGAAAGAAGAGUGGAAGUUGUCUGUAUAUAUUGCCUUCCAAGUUAGCCAUUUUUGGCCCAAAUGUUUCUAGCUAAGGGCCUUUGGAAGAAACUCGGGGUACAGAAGUACACAUAUCACGAACCAGGAUGUGUGGAGGAAGGGACUGCUACUUUCAAUAGUGUAAUGAAGGGGUCAGCAGCACUUGGGAGCAGAGAGAGGUGCUAUUUUAAUGGAGCUUAGCGCCAAGUGGCGAUGCGUUCUAAACUUGCCUAUCCAGUUUAAGGGUUGUAGGUGUAAUACUAUUUGAGAAAACUGAUUGUAUCUUCACAUGCCUCAUGAAAGAUUUGGUUACUUUCACGUUCAAAAGGAGAAAGAAAUGAGAGAGGUAUGAGGAGGAGAAACUGUUUUGUUUAGUUUUUUAUUCCAAAACAUGUUAAAAGAUUAGUGAAACAGUAUUGUUUGGCAGGAGCGCCAGGCCACCCUUUCUCUGAAUUGAAGUGUGACUGGGAGGCAUCUAAUCAAAUUUUAAAAGGUAAUGUAUUCAAAACCAAAUGAAGGAAACAAGGUAGCUUUUUCUACUCAAAUCAGUUACCAGAUAGAAUUCACCAGCCCACAAGAGGAGCCAAGAACUUUGUAAUUCAGACAUGCGUUGGACACACAGCAGUAUAUUGUCAGCCUUGCCUAUGCAGAUCAGAGGCAUAGAGAGCUCCUGCAGUGACCUGAACCAAGUGUAGGGAUAGGGGAGAAGGGUUUUAUCUGCCCGAGCUUUCUGCACACCGAUGACAAUUGCUGGUGCCAUAGUAGUGCCUGAGGCCAAUGCCCUGCUCACCCCCACUAGUUACACUGCUGAUGCAGGCCCUCGGGUACAAACGUUAUGUUCCAGUCUGACAAUUUAUUUGCUUCCCUGUGGCUCCCUACCAUCUUUCUGUGCCUUGAGUUGUUUUUUUUUUUCUUGGUUCUGAAAAUUGCAUCCUCCUGUUACAGUUCAUGCUCAUGAUGAAUGUAUUUGUUGCUGGCAAGUUGCUGUUGUUUCCCUCCCAUAUAAAGGAAGUGGGAUAAGAGAGACUAAGGAACAGCAACUUUGGGCUACAGGCCUUGCAUCCCUCAGUUACCUUGCAUACCUUUUAAUAAAGCUACAGCAGAAGUCUCUUACCAGGCACAGUUGUUGGCACUUCCUACAUCUUGUGUAUGACUUAGUGAGCUAGUUUGGAUCAUGGUGGUAGGAAUAGGAUUGUGGGCUAUUUUACUGUUUCUCUUGAAAAACGUGUUUUAAAUUUUUGCUAUGUCAGGCAGAUGGUGGAAGCAAAGAAUUGUUUAAUUUAAUCUCUUUUCUGUCCAUGAAUAAUAUGAUUGUUCCAUUCUGCAAGCUUUGAUGCAAUAGGUGGCUUGCCUUAAAUUAAAAUAAUACUAAAAUGAUUGUUGAAAGAUGUUUUUAUUGAAAAUUUUACAAAAUAAAUCAUAUUUGACAAA